GCUCUCUCCAUUUAGGGUUUCGAACGAUACAAGGCGAGAGUGAGCGGGGGAGUAGCAGGGGAAAGCCGCAGCCAUGGCGAGGAUUAAGGUUCACGAGCUCAGAGGAAAGUCGAAGACAGAUCUAUUGAACCAGUUGAAAGAUCUGAAAGCAGAACUCGCUCUGCUCCGAGUCGCCAAGGUCACUGGUGGUGCACCUAACAAACUUUCCAAGAUCAAGGUGGUUAGGCUCUCAAUCGCGCAGGUCUUGACUGUGAUCUCGCAGAAGCAAAAAGCGGCUCUGAGGGAAGCCUACAAGAAGAAGAAGUUACUGCCGCUUGAUCUUCGUCCGAAGAAAACCAGAGCCAUUAGAAAACGUUUGACUAAGCACCAGGAAUCCUUAAAAACACCUCGGGAAGAGAAGCAACAGAGGUACUUCCCAAUGAGGAAGUAUGCCAUCAAGGUGUAGGGCAGAGGAUAAAUUAAGAGACGGAGUUU